AGGAGCUAAAAAUAGACUAGUAUGAACACAUUUUUUUUUACAUACAAGGGUUUAUCUCAGCACAAAAUGUGGAAAAGUAUAUUUUUAAUCUUUUUUUUUUAUCAUUUUGAACAAGUUUGGAAGUACCAAGUGAAAACUACAAUGUAUGUUUUCAGACUUAUCUGGAGCUCAUUUCUUCAAAGGAAAAUUACAAAACCUUAAAGUGGAGAUCUUGUAUGCUUUUUUCCGUUUGCUGGGUGUUUUAUGCUUCUAUAAAAGGAAUGUGCUCUCUGGAUCAGACUGGAUGACGCAGAAACUGCGCUCGGUGUAGGAGUAUAAGAGAGGGCACUUCGCUCUGUUCGGUGCACAGAUGGGGAAGCAACUGGGUUGGUGAGAUUCUGAUAGCCUCUCGGUGUCUGGAGACGUUUGAAAGAGCAUGGAGAUGAACGCAACUGAGAAGUUUUACCUUCCCGUUGAUGGCAUCCUUGAAAUGUUCAACUCCUUCACUGGGCAUCACCAAUCACCUAUCACGCACCCAGUUUUGCAAAGCACAACCCUUACCCCAGUACUCCAGCACCCCAAAGUCUCAAACAUAAAGAAGACUGGCAUGGGCAUCAUCAAAACGGUAAAAGGGCGCUGGAGACAACAGGAUAAGAGAGUGGUGAUUGCGAGUAGAUCCUCCAGUUCUGGCAACCGGCAGGUGUCGACUGAUCGACUCCCCAAAAGGUCCGUUGAUCUGCUGGAGCUGGGUCUGACCAAGCCAAGGAACUGUCACAGAAUAGUUGUGCUUGGCGCACCAAAAGUAGGCAAAACCAACAUGCUCCAGCGGUUCUUGGGUGAAGACUUUAAAGAGCAUUAUGUGCCCACAACCGAAGACUUUCACAGAAAGCUGUUCCACAUCGGAGGUGAGGCGUACCAGAUCGAUCUUCUCGACGCCUCAAGUGAGAGGGACUUCCCUGCAAAACGGAGGUUAUCCAUACUGACAGGUGACAUCUUUCUGCUCGUCUUCAGUGUGGAUGACAGAGAGUCUCUCAGUGAAGUCUGUGAGCUGCUCAGCAAGAUCAAAGCUGCUAAGACAAAGUUACUGAAAUUAAAACAUCCCGCUAGAGUGCCAGCCGUAAUAUGCGGUAAUAAAGUGGACUUGGAAGCUCAAAGAGCUGUCAGCCGCUCAGAAGUGGAAGAGAUGCUCGGUGAGGAUGUCGCAUUCUUCGAAACCUCGGCUAAAGACGGUACCGGCCUGGACGGUGUGUUCACAGCCCUCGCCACUCUAGGCGGACUGCCCGACGAGACGGGCCCAUCACGGCAUCAGAUCGUGUCCAUCCUCACCUACCAGUCGUUGUGCAUCGGCCAGCGAGGCAAGAGAGGGAGCCGUACGCGGGGGCUCGGUGCGCCCUGUGCCGCAGUGGAUCCUCUGGCGCGCCGCCCGAGCUUCACCAGCGACCUGCGGAUGGUGCUUGGAUCAAGCACCAAACACAACAAACCCGAGAGGUGUCAGAUUCAAUGAAUUGUGAGCCCUCUCGAUAAACCAAUUGUAGUAGUAUGCUGCAAUGUCGUAUUAUGUAAGGAGUUAUACUCUGCAGCACCUGGCUGGACCAGUGCAUUCAUAUUUUGUUUUUUGUAUAUAUAAAACUGUGUUAUAUUAUCCUAUAAUAAAUAAAUUCAAUCUUUCUA